GUCGCGCACGCGCACUGUGCCCUCAUUUGCCUCGCGCGAGGCGGCGGCUGUGCACCGCCAUCUUGGCCGGUGGCGGUAAGAACACGCCGUGUGCUGAGACCUGGCGGCUUGACGCUGCUUUGGCUGCUGCACGCCCCGCUGUGAGGGGACCGUUGUCUCCAGAAAAAACUGGAUAUUCUUCGUUACAAUUAUGGCAGACAAAUUAACGAGAAUUGCUAUUGUCAACCAUGACAAAUGUAAACCUAAGAAAUGUCGACAGGAGUGCAAAAAGAGUUGCCCUGUGGUUCGAAUGGGAAAAUUAUGCAUAGAAGUAACACCCCAGAGCAAAAUAGCAUGGAUUUCUGAAACUCUUUGUAUUGGUUGUGGUAUUUGUAUUAAGAAAUGCCCCUUUGGCGCCUUAUCAAUUGUCAAUUUGCCAAGCAAUUUGGAAAAAGAAACAACACAUCGAUAUUGUGCCAAUGCCUUCAAGCUUCACAGAUUGCCUAUCCCUCGCCCAGGUGAAGUUUUGGGAUUAGUUGGAACUAAUGGUAUUGGAAAGUCAACUGCAUUAAAAAUUUUAGCAGGAAAGCAAAAGCCAAACCUUGGAAAGUAUGAUGAUCCGCCUGAUUGGCAAGAGAUUUUGACUUAUUUCCGUGGAUCUGAAUUACAAAAUUACUUCACCAAGAUUCUAGAAGAUGACCUGAAAGCCAUUAUCAAACCUCAAUAUGUAGACCAAAUUCCCAAGGCUGCAAAGGGAACAGUAGGGUCUAUUUUGGACCGAAAAGAUGAAACAAAGACACAGGCGAUUGUAUGUCAGCAGCUUGAUUUAACUCACCUUAAAGAACGAAACGUCGAAGAUCUUUCAGGAGGAGAGUUGCAGAGAUUUGCUUGUGCUGUCGUUUGCAUACAAAAAGCUGAUAUUUUUAUGUUUGAUGAGCCUUCCAGUUACCUUGACGUCAAGCAGCGUUUAAAGGCCGCCAUUACUAUUCGGUCUCUAAUAAAUCCAGAUAGAUACAUCAUUGUGGUGGAGCAUGAUCUAAGUGUGCUAGACUAUCUCUCUGACUUCAUCUGCUGUUUGUACGGUGUGCCAAGUGCUUACGGUGUCGUCACUAUGCCUUUUAGUGUGAGAGAAGGCAUAAACAUAUUUUUGGAUGGCUAUGUUCCAACAGAAAACUUGAGGUUCAGGGAUGCAUCCCUUGUGUUUAAGGUAGCUGAGACAGCAAAUGAAGAAGAAGUGAAAAAGAUGUGUAUGUAUAAAUAUCCUGGGAUGAAGAAAAAGAUGGGAGAAUUCGAGUUAGCGAUCGUGGCUGGAGAGUUUACAGAUUCUGAAAUCAUGGUGAUGCUGGGGGAAAAUGGUACAGGCAAAACCACAUUUAUCCGAAUGCUUGCUGGGAGGCUGAAGCCUGACGAAGGAGGAGAAGUACCAGUUCUAAAUGUCAGUUAUAAGCCACAGAAAAUCAGUCCCAAAUCAACAGGAAGUGUUCGCCAGUUACUGCAUGAAAAGAUCAGAGAUGCUUACACUCACCCCCAGUUUGUGACGGAUGUAAUGAAGCCGCUGCAGAUUGAAAACAUCAUUGAUCAAGAGGUGCAGACGUUGUCUGGUGGUGAACUUCAGCGAGUAGCUUUAGCUCUUUGUUUGGGCAAACCUGCUGACGUCUAUUUAAUUGAUGAGCCAUCUGCAUAUUUGGAUUCUGAGCAAAGAUUAAUGGCAGCUCGGGUGGUCAAACGUUUCAUUCUCCAUGCCAAGAAGACAGCUUUUGUCGUAGAGCAUGACUUCAUCAUGGCCACCUACCUAGCAGACCGCGUCAUCGUCUUUGAUGGUGUUCCCUCUAAGAGCACAGUGGCAAACAGUCCUCAAACGCUUUUGGCUGGCAUGAACAAAUUUUUAUCUCAGCUCGAAAUUACAUUCAGAAGAGACCCCAACAAUUACAGACCACGAAUAAAUAAGCUUAAUUCAAUCAAGGAUGUAGAACAAAAGAAGAGUGGAAACUACUUUUUCUUGGAUGAUUAGAUUGAAUUGGAGAUUGUCAAUAAGCCAUUUACUUACUGGGAUUUUUAUCAUAUAAAACUUUAAUCAGGUUUUAUGGCCCCACAUACUCUGGAGCUUGAAGUAUGAUUUUCUUAAUGUGACAUCAAAAGCCAGUUGUCUUAUAAAUUGUUUAAGAACUAUUCUGUGCGUACUGGACUAAAAUGGAGACAUUUCAAAUACAUCGGUUACCUCCAGAUUUUCGUGAUCUGCAGGGAGAUGUUCAAUUGUGUAUUGUAUUUAUGGACCAGAUGCUUACUGGUGUUGCCCAUCUUUAAAAUCUAGGGUAAAAUCUGUUCUUGCCUGUUUGCUACGUGUACUAGUAUAAUGAAACUGCCCUCUUUUAAAAGCCAGGCAAAGACUACGCUGCUGAGGUCUGAUAAAUAAACAUCAGGGUUAUAUUUGCUAUUUGU